AAUUACGAAUACGUAUUACAAUGUCGGAAAGCAGAAUUUAAGUUUACCAUCGAUCGUAGACGCACGCCAAAAAGCGCGGGUUUUCACAGCAGAAUAUUUUAUCAAUCGCAACGGUAAAGAACUCGUAGUUGUUGAUCCUUUAUAAAUCAUUCAGUAUUUCGUGCUAUCAAUUUUCGUUGUUAACUAUUCGGUGCUGUACAUUAAGAAAAAUUACUGAAAGUUACGUGAGAAUUUCGAGACGAACGAUCAUGAAAAUGCACAAAGAUGAAGCAAAGAAAAAAGAAGGAAAAAUCAUUUGUCCGCCGACGGAAUUGGACUUGGGCAUCACUUUAAAAGGAGGCCAAAGUUUUAGAUGGUUUCCUUAUAAUAAUGCUUAUAGGGGAGUAUUUGAUGGAUGCAUUUGGACCCUCGAACAAAAUGACACACAUUUGAUUUACACUGUGCAUGGUCCAUUAGAGGAUUCUAAAAAUUAUGAUGAGGUUUUAUCUAGGUAUUUUAGGCUAGAUGUGUCAUUAACAGAUCACUGUAAAAAAUGGGCUAUAGCGGAUCAACAUUUUGAAAAGUUUUCAAGUAAAACAAACGGUGUUAGGAUCUUGAAUCAAGAUGUUGUUGAGAAUACAUUCUCUUUCAUAUGUAGUUCAAAUAACAAUAUACAAAGGAUAUCAGGAAUGGUGGAGAAAUUAUGUUCGUUAUUUGGUGAAAAAAUUUGUUCGGUCGAGCAGGAUGAUUAUUACAGUUUUCCAACUAUCGAGGCAUUAACAGAGGAAAAUGUAGAAUUAAAAUUAAAGGAAGAAAAAUUUGGAUAUCGUGCAGGAUAUAUAGCAAAUGCAGCAAAAAGUUUAGCUGCACUGGGUGGAAGACAGUGGCUUUUAAAUCUACAUAAAAAAGAAAAUGUAUUAUAUUCCAAGGCUAGGAAACAAUUAAUUACUCUUCCAGGGAUUGGACCAAAAGUUGCAGAUUGUAUAUGUUUAAUGUCAUUAGGUCAUUUAGAAGCCAUUCCUGUAGAUACUCAUAUAUUUCAAAUUGCUAGAGCAAAUUAUUUGCCCCAUCUAGGACAACACAAAACAGUUACGCCAAAAAUUCAUGCGGAAGUCAGCAAUCACUUGCGCGAAUUAUGGGGUCCGCUUGCCGGUUGGGCGCAAGCUGUGGUUUUCUGUGCAAAAAUUAAUAACGAUGCUACUGUUACAUCGAAUCAGAAACGUAAAACUUGUAUAGACGAUAAAUCCAUAAAACCAACGAAUCGCAGAAAACGAUAGGCAG